AUGAAGAAGUUUGUUGAUACAUUUAGGGUACAUUGGAAGAGGUAUGGAUGUUCUAUUAUGUCCGAUGGUUGGACAGAUGGGAAAAAGCGACAUCUUAUCAACUUCUUGGUGAAUUGUCCGAAAGGGUCAGUUUUCUUGAAGUCUGUGGACGCGUCAGAUAGAACCAAUGAUGUUGAUUUCAUACGUGAGCUUGUAAAGGAGGUAAUUAAUGAUGUUGGGAAAGAAAAUGUGGUUCAGUUCAUUACCGAUAAUGGUUCAAACUUUAAAAAGGCUGGGAAGGAUUUAAUGCUUGAAUACCCAAAUCUAUUUUGGACUCCUUGUGGUGCUCAUUGUGUCCAGUUGAUGCUAGAAGAACUUGGUGACAAGCUUACACGAAUCAAGACAUCCGUCAUUCUAGGUAAAAGACUUGUUACAUACAUUUAUGCUCAUUUUAAAGUAUUGUUCUUGAUGAGGAAGAUGACAGGUGGAGACUUACAUAGGUCUACAAAGACUAGAUUUGCAACUCAGUAUUACACACUAGAAAGUCUUCAAAAGUAUAAAAAUCCUUUACAAAUGAUGUUUGUGAAUGAUAGGUGGGCAAAAAGUAGAUUUGUAAAAGAAAAUGUUGGAAUUAAUGCACUUAAAAUUGUUACAAGUAGUACAUUUUGGGAAGAUGUUGAUUACUCUUGUAGUGUGUUGAAGCCUUUAGUUAAGGUUGUAAGACUAGUGGAUAUCGAGCGCAAACCUACGAUGCCUUGUUUUUAUGAUGUAAUGAGAAUAGCAAGGGAUCAAUUAGAGAAGAAUUUUAGCGAAGAUUAUGAUACUUGGGCUGUAAUUAAUGCUUGCUUUGAGAAAAGAUGGAAGAAAAACUUCAAUCAUGCUCUACAUUGUGCUGCAUAUUAUUUGAAUCCAUCCAUAUUCUACAAUAUUGAAACUUAUGAAAUGGAUAAUGAUUGGUGGAUUACAUUUGGAGGAAUCGAUGUGCCUAACCUGCAAAAAUUUGCAAUCAGAGUAUUGAGUCUUACUUGUUCUGCUUCCCCAUGUGAGCGAAUCUGGAGCACAUUUCAAAAUUUGCACUCGAAAAAACGAAAUCGCAUAAAACAACAGAAGUUGAAUGAUAGUGUCUUUAUCCAAUAUAAUAAGAAAUUGCAGCGUCGUUAUAUAGAAAUCCAACAAUAUAACGACGAUGAUAAAGCAAAUGAUCCUAUUUUCCUGGAGGAGCGUGAUGACAAUGAUGAAUGGUUGGACUUACGAAAUUUGAAUGACUUGGAUGUGCUAGGUGAUAAUGUAAGUUUCAAUGAUUUGCAAGAGACAGUGGGUGAAGAACGUGAGACAGUUGGUAGUGGAGGUGCUUCUAGUUCUCGAAGCAAGUCUACUUUUCCAACCGACUCGGAGUAUGAUGGAUAUGAUACCGAUGAAUUGAUGUUGGACACUGAAAAAGGGCUACUCGUUGUUGCUGAGAAUGACGGAGUUACUCAAGAUGAUGAUAUCUAUGAUUAUUCAAAUUAUGUUGAUUAG